GGAGAGGUGGGUGCCUCUUUCACCAUAUGCCAUGCUCAAGGGGAUAAGGGUAAAAAGUGGAAAGAGACAGAUACGGGGAAUCUCCGAACAAUGGAAUGGAGUCAACCGCCAACCAAAACUACUUACGCAUAACCAACGACAAGUUUCAGCGUGGUUGUUACACAAUUGAUUUCCUAGUCCAUCCUCCGAUCGAACAUCAAAACAGAAAUGCACUCAGCCGUUGUGGUUGAAGAAGGACGAAAUCCUCUUCCACAGUCUUCUCCCCCUGCUAUUCCAUACAGAGAAAUUUCAGAAGAUGGCGAGAUCAUCCCUUUGUCAUCGUCAAACGAACAAGGUGGAGCGAAACCUAGUUCUACCGAUCCAACCCAACGGCUUGUCUCUCUCGAUGUUUUUCGAGGUCUUACUGUUGCGUUGAUGAUUCUAGUUGAUGAUGCCGGGGGCGCUUUUCCAUCCAUAAAUCACUCCCCAUGGUUUGGAGUCACACUUGCAGACUUUGUGAUGCCGUUUUUUCUUGUCAGUGUUGGCUUUUCCAUUGGUCUCGUAUUCAAGGUUUGCUUGCAGUUUAGCUUUUUAGACACUAUUUGGAAUUUGGACAUCAAACUACGAGGAAACAAGCUCAAAAGGAAGGGGAAGAUAAGGCAUUGUACAACACAAAAUGCCAACAGGAAAAAAUCUAACAAAUGCAUUGCAACGAAGAAAGUUAUUCUAAGGACAAUGAAGCUCUUUCUAUUGGGUUUGGUGCUGCAAGGUGGGUACUUCCAUGGGCGUAAUCAUUUAACUUAUGGAGUGGAUGUAGACCGUAUACGUUGGCUGGGUGUCUUACAGAGGAUAUCAAUUGGUUACUUCUUAGCAGCAAUUUCUGAAAUCUGGCUUGUGAUCGAUAUCAUAGUGGAUUCAGUCGUGGCUUUUGUGAAUAAAUACUACAUGCAAUGGUUGGUUGCUAUCUUACUAUGCUCGUUGUACAUGGGCUUAUUAUAUGGGCUUUAUGUUCCUAGUUGGGAUUUUGAAGCUCAAAGUAUGAAUUCCACCUUAUCAAUGCCAAUUUAUGGCUCUGGUUCUCAAAUUGUGAAUUGUGGAGUGAGGGGUAGUCUUGAACCUCCCUGCAAUGCGGUUGGCAUGGUUGAUCGAAUUUUACUUGGUGAAAAGCAUCUCUAUCAGCAUCCUGUAUACAGAAGAACAAAGGAAUGCAGUGUUAAUUCUCCUGACUAUGGACCCCUUCCAUCAAAUUCACCUGUGUGGUGUCUUGCUCCAUUUGAUCCAGAAGGCAUCUUAAGUUCACUGAUGGCUUCUGUCACAUGUUUUGUUGGAUUGCAUUAUGCACACAUUGUUGUGCAUUGCAAGAGCCACAAGCGAAGGAUCUUUUUGUGGUCCAUGUUUUCUUUGCCGUUAUUAGUCUCAGGAUUUGUCAUGAAGGAAUUAGGUAUUCCUUUUAGCAAACAGUUAUACACAUUAAGCUAUAUGUGCAUAACAAGCGGAGCAUCAGGCAUACUCUUAAGUGUGAUUUAUUACAUAGUUGAUGUCAAUCAUUUUAGAAAGCCAACUAUCUUACUGCAGUGGAUGGGAAUGAAUGCUCUCAUUGUUUAUGUUCUGGCUGCUUGUGAGCUUUUUCCAGCAGCCAUACAAGGUUUCUAUUGGCGUUCUCCUGAAAAAAACCUGGUAAAUGGUACAGAAGCUUUAAUGCAAACCAUAUUUCGAUCUAAGAAGUGGGGUACCCUGGCGUUUGUAUUGUUGGAGAUCCUAUUUUGGUGUCUCGUUGCAGGCUACCUUCGCAUGAAAGGCAUCUAUGUGAAGCUAUAACAGCUAGGGGAGUACGUAGUAUUUUGUAAUGUACAUCAAACCUGUAUUCUCAUCUUUUUGUGUUUGUAUAGUGUCAUCGUCAGGAUCCAUGUUCAUUCUUGUAUCUACUGUGCUGUAUAAUUCUAUCCACUUGUCAUUUCUCCCCUUCAUGCCUUGCUCAUAGAAUUUGUACCAUAAAAACUGUUAGGUUUCAAGUAAAGCACCAAGUCACCACAGAGGCAUUUGUAUGUUUGACAUGUGCCUUUUUUUUUUGGUCUCAUGUAACAGAGAUGUAUGAUGUUUCCACCUACUCUCUUAAAUAAACUCUUGUUUUAAGAUUUUCCUGAGAUAAA